AUGAGUCAUCGCCUGGGUAUCGCUGUCAUAGAUUGCAUCAAUAUUUAUGCCGUGCCGUUGCAUCGCGUCCCGAAACGCUUUCCCGCGGAUCCGCCGCGCGGCAUGCAAAAUUACGACGUAGGCGCUCUAACGAGAGACCAGAAGCAAGCUUUAAACGAACUGAAAAUGAUCAUCCAAAAGGAAAACGAAGUUUACCUUAAAUCGCAUCCGGGAGGUCAAGGGUUUAAUCAACAAUUUUAUCGCUCUCGCAGGCACGUCCUAUCGAAGCAGCCGCUCAUCGAUAUUCCCGAGGCUGUAGGUACAUUUUUCAACAGGCCACGUCGUGAAAUUGUUGCUGACCUUUUGGACUACAUGUCGUCCGCCGAUAAACGAUCGGACAUAACGGACGAUCUCGGGCAGAAACUAUUUCCAACGACCGGCCAUUGA